AUGCUCAAUGCCCCAGCAGUGCACGUAUCCCUAAUGGAACAGACCAACUGCAAGGCCCUCUUCACAGCUCAAGGCGUUCACGUGAAGGACAUCUUAGCCUCCCGGCCUAUGAGCCAUACGUGCCUCUCAGUCUUCGGAAAGUCCGUCUUCCUCCCUGGAUUCCGUCACCGCACCGCUGUUGCAAGCGAGGCACAUCUACUUCUCCCGCACGCAAAUGCGUCCAAGGCAUUCUUCACACCAUGGAUUAUGGAAGACAUCGCUCGUCGUCCAGAUGCUGCAAAGCUCAUCAAGCCCUUCCAGCAUGUCUGCUUCGGUGGUGCGGUUCUGUCACCACAAGCAGCGAGUGUUUGGGCCAAGCACACGCGGAUUCAGAACUUCUGGGGCGCUACAGAAGCACUUGCUGCGGCUCAACUGGAGGCUGACAGAGAAGACUACGCUUACAAUUACUUCGACGUGUUCACUGACGGGUACGAGUUCCGCCGUAUGGAUGAUGCCGGAUAUGUGUCAGAAGAAGGCGAAUCAAAAGACCUGUAUGAGUUCGUUAUGAAGAUCAACGAUAGGUCCGCGCCGAUUGCAAGUUGGCACGCGCGCCAAGACAUCCACCCUGCGACCACAAAGCCCCCUUACCCGGAGUGGCUCACGGGAGACCUGUGGACACCUCAUCCCGACCCAGCAAAGGCGGCCUUCGCCUGGAAGUUCAUAUGUCGAAAGGAUGACCUCAUCUCAUUCUCUACGGGAGUAACAGGACACCCUGCUCCCAUCGAGCACUCCAUCACCUCAACCGACAAAGUGAGCGCCGCCAUACUCAUCGGGAACAAGCACCAGCAGCCCCUGGCACUCGUCGAGCUCGUGGAUGGGGUCGCGCCAUCCCCAGAACUGGCGAGAGAGAUAUGGCAGCAGACGAUCGAGCCUGCGAACGCGAAGGUGCAGACACACAUGCGUGUUGCAAAGACGCACGUCGUGCUGGUGCCGGCCGAUGGGUUUAUCAGGACCGCGAAGGGGAGCGUGGUGCGGAAGCAUACGGAGGAGAAGUUCAGGGACCUGAUCGACGGGGUGUACGAGAAGCAUGGCGACAAAUGGCAGGAGUCUAAGGAGAGGUAUGGCUCGAUCUCGGCGUCGACGGAGAUCACGGUCGAGAUCAACUAG